AUUUUCCUUCUUCCUCUCAGUCUGUGAGGAGGAUGGAGCUUCAAAUCUAAACAGGGCAGCUGGAGCCUGCAGAGUUCCAGCGAAGCUCCAAGUCUGACCUCCUUUUUCUGAUCUCCUCACCCAGAGUCCUUCAUCUCCUGCAGAGUCCUCGCACCUCUGACCAUGAAGCUGUGGGUUGUGCUUUGCGUGGCAUUGCUCUGGGUAGAACUCCAAAGCGGUGUUUGCCAGCAGGUCAAGCGAAGGAAAGAUGUAGGAGAGAACCGGAUCAGGCCUGGUGGGAAGCGGGUGAAGACUCGCCACCCGAAGCUAAAAGACGGAGGAGGGAAAGGCCAGUCCCUGCUGACCCAGGUGCUCGAUAAAGGUCGAUUCCUUCGCCUGGGCCCAACCAUGACUCUGACUCCUGGGAGGAACAUGGAGCUGCGCUGCAAAGGCAACAACAUCGGCUGGUCCUACCCGACCUACCUGGACACCUUCAACGACUCUCGCCUCAGCAUCAAGCAAAGCGACAAGUACAGUCAGCUGAUCCUGACGUCGCCCUCUGCUGCAGAUACAGGCCCCUACAGCUGCUGGGUCAUAGUGUGUGAUGGCACUGAGUGUGAGAAGGACCACGACCGCAUCUACGUCUCCUACAUCUAUUUCACAGACAAAGACAACCUCUUCGUUCCAUCUGCCAUCCACUUUGAGAUCGUGUACUUGCGCCCGGACAGACCAGCCGUGGUUCCCUGUCGAGUCACCGAUCCUCAGGCCAGAGCCUCCCUGCACAGAGAAGUUCCCCCGGAAGAGAUCACAGCGAACGGGACUCUGGUGAGCUUCGACCCCACCAAGGGCUUCGUCCUGCAGAACCCGAGCCCGGAGCUUCAGGGGGUUUUCUACUGCAAGGCUGUGACCAAAGGCAACCCUCAGAUCUCCACGAAGUACCAGCUGCUUUAUGUGGAGGUUCCCAGUGGGCCGCCAUACGUGAGCCUUGAAUCCUCUCCGGACUCAGUGAGAGGAGGCGACAACGUGAAUGUAACCUGCACCGUGUUGGGAGAACCAGAGGUGGACGUGGGCUUUACCUGGUCUUAUCCUGGUCAGGAUCACCGUCCAGUUGACAUCCAGACCUCCUGGAGGCUGGUCAACAGGGGGAUGGGCUACACCACCAGGGUCUCACAGAGCGUGAUGACCGUGGAGGACAUGGAGACCAUCGACUUCGGAAACUAUGUGUGUAAAGCCAAGAACCAGCACGGUGAGACAAGCGUGACAACCGCCAUCACCGCCAAAUAACCCCGACAGCAGGCAUGACGUGAUUUUUUUAAUGGUGGGAGGAUUUUUUAACAUGUUAUUGAGCGAAAACUGAAACAAACCAGCCAGUGAGACGAGAUGAAAUCACGUACAUAUGCAAAAGAAAUGUGUGUACUUUUAGAUGGCAGAUUGUGAACAAUAAAGAUUUGCUAAGAA